UGCUUCGAUCCGUGAACACUUGUUUCCCACUUCUUCACAACUAUUUGCAGACUUAUUAGGAAGAAAUUUAACAGAUUCGAUCCCGGUCAAAAUACUAGUGGUUAGCUUGAAAUUUGGAGCAUUAGGAAUCCCCUCUGAAUUAUCUGCCGGAAAAAUAUUGUUCCAAAUAUUUAGCCAAAUUCCAUUCGCCCAAUUAUCAAAUGAGGCAGAAGUAUGGGGUUGGGACUCUUCAACCCAGAAAGGCCUAAGAAUUGUCUACCAAGAA